AAAUAUCUAAAGACUAAUUUCGAAUAUUGUGAUUCCAUUUUCUGGAACGUACGAAUUGAAUUCUUUGAAGAACGAUUUAAAAAAUUCGAAGUUUAUUAAUUUCAUUUUAAUUUUCCAUUAAAGAAAAAUGAAGCUCGCAAAGUAUCUUAUAAUAUGUUUAUUUUGUUCUAUUGGCAAACUUGAAGGAUUCUUCAUUUCUGUGAAUGCCUCUCAGUAUUUUAUAGAACAUAGCAGUUUACUACUUAGUAACUUUACUAAAGAAGAAGAGAAGAAUGUUUUAGGGCAUAUUAAUCUACUAAGAGAGAAUGUUGAACCAGGUUCUUCUAAUAUGAAUGUAUUAAUGUGGAGUGACGACUUGGCAAAAAUAGCUAAGGAUUGGGGCGAUAAAUGUAUAUUUGAAUCCGGCCCUAAAAGUUGCCUAAAACAUUUCAGCCAGAAUAUAUAUUAUGGAAGUAAGAGCCAUCAAGAAGCAUUAACACAAUGGUAUAGACAGAAGAAUCUAUAUGACUACGAUACAAAUGUUUGUAAUGGAUUCUGCGAUAGAUAUAAAACGGUAGUAUGGGCUGAAACUACUACAGUUGGUUGUUCCCUAUCCCAUUGUAAAAAAGAUGGUUCUGUGCAUGUCAUCAUUUGUAAUUUUUAUCCAGCAAUAGAGGAUUUAAGUCAGAGGCCGUACAAGAAAGGCAAUUCAUGUGAAGAAUGCGAGAAUAAGGAUAAAUGUGAUUUUAAUUUAUGUGUGCCAAAAAAUUUCGAAAUAUCGAAUGAAACUGCUUUUUGUACACAAAGCGUAGGCCUACAAUCAGAAAGUGAAGAAAACAUUGCCCACAGAAUUUCAUCUGAAUUUUUUCUGUUAAAUAUAGCAGUAAAUAUUAAUCACCAAAAAAAGUAG